AGGAAGUUGACGCUGUUGUUUGUAGGAGCAGCAGUAUGAGAAAUGUAAAAAAAAAAAAAAAGAAAGUAGUAAAGGAGCAUACAAGAGGCUUAUAAUGUUGAAGCCAGCAGAAGGAGCCAAGCCAGAAGGAGCAGAAGAACAAAGACCAAGUAUUUCAACAAGUUCAUGCCUUUUGAAAAACUGUGUUUAUUUUAUACUUGGCGAGCUUUCUUUAAAUACGAGUGGAAAGAAAUAGAGACGCAAGACAGAGAGUGAAAGACAUUUCUUUGAGGCGGUUGCUUUUCUGACAUCACAGCAAGCACUUUGAAGUGAAUCAGAAACUUUGCAAGUUUUCUGAGGAGGGAAGCAGAAAAUCACAUUGUGUGAAUUACAGACAGACAGAAAACAAAAGAACAAGACAUAAUAACAGAGCAAAAGAAGACGUGUUUCACUGUGGGGAGAUCCGUUUCGGAGCCAUGGAGCUAAAAUUGGUCCUGAAAGCUGUCUUACUCUUUGCUGUUUGUAUUACAAGAAGUCGUGCAUCAGGAGCAGAUGACAAAGAAUCUCUUCAUGCUAACAAAAUUGCUUCAGCCAAAGAAAAGCUCACAGAAUAUAGGGAUCAGUUUGCUGAAUUGGGCACAACAGUCACCUUGAAAUGCACCAACACAACGAUUGCAUGGGACGACAUGAUUUUUGUCAUCUGGAAAAUUCAAUUGCGAGACAAAAAUUGUACAAUUGCUGUGGCUAAAAAUGAUUCUGAUUUUGACACCUGCCUUGAUGGGAAAAAGCAGAACCACACAGCAGAUGGACUGUACCACCUGAUCAUCCCAAAUUUCUCUAUUCGGGAUGAAGGAAAAUACACCUGUGACACUUCAUACCAAUCAGGUGGUACAGUAGAAAUAGUCACAGUGUCUGCCUGGGCCCUUCUACAACUAACUGGAUGGCUUGAAUAUGAACGAGGACACACUGUGGCUGUGUGUGAAGCUACCGGCAAACCACCCGCCACCAUACAUUGGAAAACACCAUGGAAUUCAACCUUAGUCCUUCGAAAGGCUUUUGAGAAUACAGGGCAGCUUUACAGAGUGGUUAACCGCUUAUACCUUCCUCAACAUGCUUCAUAUGAAAACCUCACUUGUGUGGCUACUAGCACCCUGAGCAUCUUAAAUCACCCUGUGUCACAAUUUAGCAACUUCACCUUCAGAGAUGCACGUUCAAAAUGGCCCAUUAUCCUUGCAUGUGUCUUGGCCGCCAUCAUAAUUGUAUUUUCUUUAACUGGACUUUUUUUGUGCUCAAAUUUCAAGCUCUUAAGCAUUUUUAGAAAGCUUUGCUGCAAACCUGAAAUGCCUGUAUCCAAUGAAGAAAAACCUCAACAGCCCUAUGAUCCUGAAGAAUUACAGCCUUAUGCAAGUUAUGUGCAAAGAGUAAACUCCAUCUACAACUCUUCGGCCGACCUCUUUAAAGCGUGAAUCACUCCAGAUUUACGUGAAUGCAGGAAGACAGAUCUCAGUUGGGCCUACAGAUGUGCAUACUGUCGUGAGGUUUGCACUCGGCAAAUGCAGAUUCAUCAGUGCACACCUACUCUUUUGCCGGACGAAAUUACACAUGAGUCCUAAUACUGCUGUUAACAAGAGCUGAUGAAACCCCUUGAAAAGAACAUCCUCCAACGUGAAGACUCUGAUGAGAGAAAUACAAACCAGAGUGAGUCAAAGUGAAAGAAGGAGUGGAAACAAAAGGAUUGUCUCAUGAUUUGGAAACUUUGAACUUUCAAGUCACAAUAUAAAGAACCUACAUUUAGAGGUGUAUAAUCAGACACAACUGAAACAAUGCAAGUGGAAUAUUAGACAUUGUCAAAUAGAUUUUCUCCAAGUGAGACAUUUGCUGUGUUCUUUUUUAUGUGAGCUGGUGCAAUAUUACAGAAGACUGCGUAGCCUGAUUAGUGUUGUUGGUUUAAUCGGAGGUUCUUUUAAACCACACGUCUUUGUGUUUCCUUAUCAGAAAGAGUUCCAACCAGUAACCUAUCGCAGAGGUGCCAGUAGCAGCCGCAGCAUUCAUAGUUUGCCUGCUAAAACCAUAAGGGAAUUGAAAUGAAAUGACAUGUGAAAGAUGCUUACAGUAUUUACUUUUUAGAAUCACUUACUUUCACUUUUGCAACAUUAUCUUGGCGAAUUCUGACUUGAGUUCUUGAAUUCUGGUAUGUCAGCCAACAGAAAACUAUAGGGAAGAACCAUAACGAGAAAAGAAACUUGUGCAAUGGCGUUCUGUUUUUUCUCUCUGACUGCUAAAUUGCAAAAAGGAAAAAAAAAAGAAAAAUAUAGCAAAUGUCUAGAAAAAUUUACAUUUUUUUCAUUUAUAGUAUAUCAGGUUUAUUAUAAAAUUCUAAUAGGAAAUUAUCGAUAUAUUUGACCAUGUUUAAGAUAUUUUCACUUGUUAUUUUGUGUACUGAAGGAUUUUCUUGGUAGACAUGUAGUCAUGUUGCCACUUCUGCUUAAGAAUACAAAGAACUUUGACAGGUUAAUUUUGUAAGAGAGUAAGAUUUUCCACUAAUUGCACAAUGAACACUGUAACAAAGCCAAACUAAUAUUUUUAUUUUUAUUUUUUUUUACAUUUUUUUAAUAUACUGUAUAUGCAAUAAUAUGCCCAGUUAAUAGAUGCCAUUUGUGAUAAUGUACUGAUGUAAUUAUUAUUGAAAUGUAGCAUAUUAGUCAAUGGCAUGUCCUGUAUACAAUUGAAAUGUACAUUAAGCAUGUUUGUUUAUCAUCUCUAAAUAUGUAAACGCGCUACCACUCUGACUAAUUAUCAGAAUGACCCAUUUUCAUUAAGCGCUUAAAAUAAAUAUUUUUGGGUUAGUCGUUUUA